GAGGUCAACGCACAAAAGAAGGCCCUUCGCGAGGAGCGCCGAUCACACAAGCCCAACUCAGAACUCAUCUACCCAGCCAAGAAACUUUGGGAGAAGCUGCGUCUCAAAGAGCUCCCCAAAGCCGAGCGCCAGGCGGUGAUGAAGGACAUGAUGGCGCUGAUCACUGGUAAGGUUCAGGAUAUCAUUUUCAAGCACGACAUGUCCCGUAUCAUCCAGUCCUGUCUGAAGCACGGAAACGAGGCCCAGCGCAAUGUCAUCGCAGGAGAACUGGUCGGCCACUACUUGACGCUGUCAAAAUCGAUGUACGGACGCUUUAUUGUCGUGAAGAUUCUGCACUAUUGCCAGAAGUACAGGGAAGCGAUCAUCAAGGAGUUCUAUGGAAAGGUCCGCCAGCUGAUCAAGCACAAGGAAGCUUCAACAAUCAUCGAGGAUGCAUAUUCGAUCUAUGCCAACUCAGCACAGCGGGCAGCAUUGAUCCAGGAGUUUUACGGUCCCGAGUUCAGACUGUUCAAGGUCGAGGACAAGAAGACGUUGACAGAGAUUUUGGAGCAGAACCCGGCCAAGAAGGAGAACAUUAUGAAGCACCUCAUGGAGACGUUGCAGGGAUGUCUGGAGAAGGGAACCAUUGGAUUCAGCAUCGUACAUCGUGGUUUGCUCGAGUACUUUGAGCAUGCUAACGCCAAAGGCAUUCAGGAGAUGUUGGACGUGAUGAAGGAGCAGGCGGUUGAGAUAUUGCAUACGAAGGAGGGCGCUCAGGUCGCAAUGCUGUGCCUGCUUUACGCCACGCCCAAAGACCGUAAGGCGAUGCUCAAGACAAUGAAGCCCUUCGUGGUCAAGAUUUGCAAAGAGGAAUACGGCCACAUGGUGAUGCUUAGGAUGUUCGACGUUGUGGACGAUACCGUGUUGAUGAGCAAGGCUAUCCUUGCGGAGAUUAUCAAGGAGAUGGAAGACAUUGCCAAGGACAAGUUUGGUCGUCGUGUGAUUCUCUACUUGCUUGCAGGGCGGUCACCCAAGUACAUUUCCCCUCAGAACAUUGAGCUCCUCGCCAAGGGCGACGCUGUUCGUGCCAAUACCAGUAAGAAGGAUGCAGCGGUCCGCUCGGCCGAGUUGCUCGGAUACAUCUCCCCUGCAUUGAUUUCGUUGAUCGCGACCAAGGCCCGGAGCCUGACGAGCGAACCUCUGGCUUGCCAGGUCGUCUUCGAGACGAUGUUGCAUGCUGUUGGGGAUAAGCAGUCAGCAACGGAUGCGCUCCUAGAGAUGGCGGCCGUAGACCCUUCAGAGUCGACAUCGGAGCAGCCCAACCCACUGUUGAGGAUGCCAACGGAUCGAUUGUACAAGACGUUGGUCCAGUCGGAUUACAAGGCGCCACUUGCGGAGCCCAGCUUACAUUUCGCGAAUGCGUUGUUGCUCAAGAUCUCGCCCUAUAUCGGGUACUAUGUUCUGGAGAGCGGUUCGAGUGCAUUUGUGGUGCUAGCGCUGUUGGAGAACCCUGAGACGGCAGAGGAGAUGAAGAAGAUAUUGACCACAAAGACCAAGGGAUCAUCAAUAACACUCCAGAAGGAAAUGGAGAAGCUGGUUAAGGGCAAGCCAGAGAACGAGCACAAAGCCGUUAGGCUGAUCUUGGAGACCCUGGCCAAAUAA